CCCAACUUCCACUAAAGGUUCUUUUUGGAGCCGUUAAUCGGAGUUUCCUUCCAGUUAUUUUGUGAAAAGAUAUUUUUUUCGCCGUGUAAAUUGCCGUGUUUUUUUUUUCUUGAGAAUCUGUCUUUGACGGCAUCAUAUUUCUUAAACACCUUUAGUGGGAAGUAGUAGGCAUCCUUUGUUUGCUGCGGACCGCUGUUUUUAGCAAUCCACAAUGGACAUGUACGGAUACAGUGACAUAUUUCUGAUGAAAAGAAUGUUUGACAGCCGAAUAUUUGGGGCUGCGAAUAUGACCGACGCGGCCAAGCCUCACGGAUGCGAUAACGGAGCGUUGAUGGACAGAUUCGGGGUGUUGAUCCAGGGUCUGCUCGCGGUUGUCGCUUUUAGCACUUUGAUGUUGAAACGGUUCCGUGAGCCAGCAGCCGUGAGGCGACCAUGGAGGAUCUGGUUUUACGACACGUCCAAGCAGGCGAUCGGUGCCCUCUUCAUCCACUUCACCAACGUCUUCCUCUCCACCCUCACCAAAGAGGACCCCUGCUCUCUAUACCUGAUGAACUUCCUGUUGGAUGCCACUCUGGGCAUGCUUGUGAUCUGGGCUGGAGUCAAGGUGGUGUCCUGGGUGGUGGAAUACAAACAGUUCACACUGCUGACCUUCGGAGAGUAUGGCGACCCCCCUCAGGCCACCGCGUGGAUCGGUCAGUGCGCCGUCUACCUGCUCAUCAUGGUCCUGGAGAAGAGUGUGAUCAGCCUGGUGCUGCUCAUCCCGGGCUGGACCAGCUUGCAGGAGGUUCUAUUGGACUAUAUCCCAGACCCGCAGGUGGAGCUUGUCCUUGUCAUGCUCAUCGUUCCCUUCUUUGUCAAUGCGAUCAUGUUCUGGGUGGUGGACAGCCUGACGAUGAGGAAAUACAAGAGCCUGAAGACCCUGGAGACGGCGCGGGUUGAUGAGAAACAGGCCGAGGCAUUGCCGUGGGUGACGAGCGAGGAGUCCCAGGUUCUACUGAUGUCUGACCCAGACACAGACACAGACCCGGACCCGGAUCCUUCGGAGGGGGAACAGGAUGGGGUGAACCUGAGGUCAAGUCACACCCCGGUGGGGGGAACACAGAUACCUGGUUGGGUGGUGGUGUAGGCCAUCCCACCCCAGCUUCAGAUGCUCCCACACUCCCAACUUGACCAACAAGUCAUCCCUGCAAGCAAUGCAUCUCAGAGACAGACAGAUUGGACAAGCACUGAUGGGCUUGAGAGGUCAAAGGUCAAAAGGUACCCACUGAACUAAACUGCCUUUAUCAGGUCUGUCGUGCUUCACAAUACUCUGGGUGGGGUUCCUCUUUGAAAAAGAUUAUGUCUAUAGAAAGUGUCUGAUGUGAU